AUCCCGUGGACUGGAGCCCCAGCAACGUGCAGAAGUGGAUCCUGUGGACAGAGCACCAGUACCGGCUGCCGCAGAUCGGGAAGUCCUUCCAGGAGCUGUCGGGAAAGGACCUGUGUGCCAUGUCCGAGGAGCAGUUCUGCCAGCGCUCGCCUGUCUGCGGCGACAUCCUGCACGCCCACCUCGACAUCUGGAAGUCUGCUGCCUGGAUGAAGGAAAAAGUCGCCCCGGGAGAUGUGAGAUACUGUGGNGGUGAUACCGGCUGGGCUGACAGCGAGGCGGACUCGUCCUGUGCCGGCCAACCCAUCCACCUCUGGCAGUUCCUCAAGGAGCUGCUGCUGAAACCCCACAACUACGGCCGCUUCAUCCGCUGGCUCAACAAGGAGAAAG